AUGGAAAAAGCAAACGUAAACAUAAAGUUUAUAAAGGGUGUGCGUACACGGUAUAUUAAUGUACUUGAUAAAGAGAUUAAAAUUGGUUUGGACUUAUUGGAUUCAGUUGUGGAUGAAUUGCCAGAAGAGUAUAAAAACUUACAAAAAAAGGUUAGUGAAUGUAGAUAUAAAAUUAAUAUUUAUGUCGAAAAGUUGAGUGCUCAGUCAGAAAAAUUAGCUUAUGCUUUGGGGGAUUCAGAUGACGAUACCUCUCAAACAAUUAUCGAAGAUGAUUCUGUUUUGACUCAAAGUGCUUUGUCAUUAUCGCAUAAGCUACAGUUGUGUGAAGAUGAUCUAAAGGCAUUAAUAAAGCGUAGAGAAACUGGAGAUUCUGUCAGUGAUAGUGCAGUUCAAAGGAUGUGUGAUUUGCAGAUAGAAAUGCAACGAGACUUUUUCGUUCAACAACAGGAAAAAAGUGAUCGACAGUUUGAAAUUCAAACAAAACUAAUGGAUAAGCAAAUAUCACAAAGAAAAGAAACAUCAGUCAAACUUCCAAAGUUAGACAUAGCAUCGUUCAAUGGAAAUCGCUUACUUUGGAUUGAGUUCUGGGACUCCUUUGAAAGUGCCGUUCAUAAGAAUGAAAGGUUAUCUCCAAUAGAUAAGUUCAAUUACCUGAAGGGAAAGAUUACUGGCGAAGCGAGAAGUGCGAUUGCGGGAUUGACUCUUUCGAACGAAAAUUAUCAGGUUGCCAUUAAAAUACUUAGAGAGCGAUUUGGAGACAAACAAGAAAUAAUUGAUCUCCACUAUAAACAGCUUCUAAAUUUAAUACCAGCUAGACAUAAUACAGAGAGUUUAAGAUAUUUCAUGGACAUAAUUGAAAAGCAUCUCCGCAGCCUAGAAGUAUUGGGUGAAAAUCUAGAACAACAUAUAUUUGUAUCUAUGAUUCGCAGCAAAUUACCAAGUGAUGUGUUACUUCAAUUAGAGAUUAUGAAACACGCUGAUAAAAAGUGGACAAUAUUGAAAUUACGUGAUCUGUUGAGACAAUAUAUUGUAUCUAAAGAAAAGGCGGAUAAGACAAGGAUCCCAGAAAAUCAAACACAGCGUGAUGACAAAAUUGAAAAACCUCAACAUUAUCGAAUGACAGGUGGUGGUCCUUAUGACAGGAAUCGUGAAAGACAUUAUGUACCAAAAUACGCUACUGGAUCUCUUAUUGCCGGAGAAAAGAAAAGUAUAACAAGGCAAUUUCAAAGAAAAUGUAGAUAUUGUGAAGGUGCUCAUUGGAGCGAUGAAUGCACUAUUUAUAAAAGUAUUGACGAUAGAAAAAGAAGAUUGAAAAGUGGUUGUUUUAAGUGUCUGAAAGACAGUCACAAAACAAAUGAAUGCAAAAGUUCAAAGUUAUGUGUGUAUUGCGGCAAAGUGAACGUACAUCACCGAAGCUUAUGUGAUAAAAAGUUUUCAAAACACUUCCAAAAAGAAAGUGUUCAUUUGUCAGAAGAAAUAUUAAAGGAAGAAAAUCCAAGUGAAGAAGCUGGACUAUUAUCCUUAAACGAAACUGUGCUUAUGCAAACGGUGCUGACUGACGUUCGUGGUGCAAAAAGUCUGAAGAGCGAAAAGGUACGUCUCAUCCUUGAUUCAGGUUCACAUAGGUCAUAUAUUGCCAAAUCGCUUGCAGACCGUCUAAAGCUAAAAGGAGAAAAGGACCAAGAAAUAAACAUUGUAACAUUUGGCAGUGAAAAAUCGAGAGUGAUCAAGACAAAAACAACAAAAUUAAAUCUGAAAAUGAAAAAUGGAGAUUAUUUGACCAUCGAAGCAAAUAUUGUGCCAAGUAUAAGUGGAAUGAUGCAGCGUACUAAAGUUAAAGAUAGCCAAAAACAAAAAUUACUUGAAUUCACAAAAGAUUUGACCCUAGCUGAUAGCAUACCAACAGAAACAAAAUCAGAUGUCUUAGAACUAUUACUUGGUAAUGACUAUUAUUUGGAUGUGAUAGAGUCAGAAAAAAUAAAAGUGAGUCCUGGAUUGUACCUCCUAUCUUCAAAAUUUGGAUGGAUUAUUUCUGGACGAACAGAGCUUGAUGAGACGAUUCAGGAUACAUAUGAUGCCAGCAUGUUGAUAAUGACACAUGGCAGAAAUGUGAUAGAAAAUAAAGUGUUUCAAGAAGUUGAUCCUCUCCUUCAAAUGCAACCAAAUAUAGAAAAUUUCUGA